AUGCAUCGUUUUAGGUACUCUCCGGUCGGUAUCUUCUUUUUGAUAGUAGGAAAAGUGCUGGAUAUCGAUGAUCUGAAAGAAACAGCUACGUCUCUCGGUCUCUACAUGAUGACAGUGGUAAUUGGUCUGGCGAUACACGCUCUUGGAACAUUGGCCCUGGCUUACUUUUUGCUGACAAGAAAGAAUCCUUUCCUAUUUUACAAGGGUGUAUUUCAGGCCUGGAUCACGGCUCUUGGCACAGCUUCUAGCGCAGCUACGCUUCCUAUCACAUUUCGCUGCCUGGAACAAAAUCUUGGCAUUGAUAAACGUGUUACACGCUUCGUUCUACCAAUUGGAGCUACCAUUAACAUGGACGGAACGGCACUCUACGAAGCCGUAGCUUCAAUCUUCAUCGCCCAGAUCAACGGUCGUGAACUGGGAGUCGUUCAAGUUUUUGUUGUAAGGUAA